GAAGAGACGAAGAAGAAGUGGCAGCUUGUAGGACAACUUUCUACUUCCCGGUCCUCCCAGCUGGGAAACAUGUUCCGUGUGGGAUCACGGGGACCCGGGCUGAGGGGCCUGCUAUCGGACGCGUUAGGGAAAUAAAGAGAGUUUUAGACCAUGCGGGCAACUUUAAUCCGGAGGCUGGUGAAGUUACUCAGUGCUGCCGCUGUGCUGGCCCUGACUGCGCAUAUCUUAGCGAGCUCACUGAGUAAACAGACGCCAGAGCCCAGCCCGCUUCCCCCGGAGGAGUACCGUCUCGUAGACCCUCAGACAUACCGCUACCUCCUCAAUCAGCCCAGUGUUUGCAGGCACAGGAGCCCCUUCCUAGUGUUCAUGGUGCCCGUGGGGGCUGAGGACGCUGCGGCACGGGAGGCCAUCAGGAAAACGUGGAGCGCCUCUGGCCGGGACACCCUCACUCUUUUCUUUGUGGGGAUCCCACAGAGGCCACAGAUGUCGGCCCUCCAGCAGAAACUGGAGGAGGAGAGCAGGCAGCAUGCAGACAUCGUCCAGAUGAACUUUGUGGAUAAUUACCACAAUCUGACAAUCAAAACCAUGAUGAUGAUGAGGUGGCUGGCUACUUACUGCCCCGGUGCGUCCUACGCCAUGAAGGUGGAUGCAGACAUCUUCGUUAAUGUCUUUUACCUGAUCCAGUGGCUGAGGAACUCCCCCAAGGAGAACUUUAUCACAGGGUCGGUGAUCCAGGAUGGCAGGCCACGGCGGGAGCCCAACAGCAAGUGGUACGUGUCAGAGGAGCUAUAUCCAGAGGAGAGCUUCCCCUCCUACGUGUCUGGAGCCGGUUACGUGUUCUCCGCUGACCUGGCAGCCAGGAUCUCCUGGGCCUCCAGGUUUGUGCGGGUCAUCCCUUUGGAGGAUGUCUAUGUGGGCUUGUGCUUGCGGAUGCUGGGUGUCAGGCCUGUGUACGCCUACAGCCUGCCGUUCUUCAGAAGCCUGUUCGAAAUCAAAAACCUGAAGUACGACAGGUGCACCUUCGCCAAGUUGAUCAUUGUUAAUGGCUUUAAGGCACCAAAGCUGCUGAGGGUUUGGCAGGACUUUGCCAAAAGCCACGAAAGAUGCUGAUCACAUUUACCUGGUGCCUUACCAGGCAAUUCUAAGAGAAUUUAGAUUAAGAUCAAAUCACGGUCCUCAGACCUGCACCGUGACGUUUGUUUGUACUGCAGAGAAAAAUACCAAAGAUACCUCACCAGUGGCUCGUGCACUGCACUUUAAGACGGGUUUGUUGGAAUGAUUCUCGAUGUGUUAAACAAAAAUGUCUAAAUUGCACUGAUUACUUUAUACUGCAAUCAAGCUAUGUGUAUCCCGCAGCUUUUUUUGUCAGGGUCCCGUUUACUCAUGCAUAGUAGUCAUACAUGACGAACCAGCAGGUGGCAGUAGCGACUUGAAGAUGAGAAAUCAGGUUUACUGCUGGUGAUUUAUUGUGAUAACUGUAGGGUGUUGCAGGGAUAAAAUGGUACCUGUGAGUUGGUUCAAUAUAAUUUUUGCCUGUCAAACAGGAAGCCUGAUCAUCCCUGUUUAAUAUUACUGCUGCUGCUCCUUUGGAGGCUCCUUUGCCAACCUUGACAAAUGCUGUUUCUAUUUAGCGUGUAUAAUUUUUAUAUAAAUAAAAGUUUUGGAAAAUGUGGA